AUGAAUUUCAAUUUCGACAAAUCACAAAUUUAUACUCAAAUAAUAUAUUUAAAAUAUUUGAAAAAAAGAGUUACCAAUACUACUUCUAUUUCUUCUUUUGAUACUUCAUCAAUUGAAUCAUCAUCAUCACCAACAACUACAAAUUCUCAAACUUCAUUAAAAAAUACUUCAAUUAAUUCAAAAGAAACACAAAAUCUACAAAAUCUACUACAAAGUAGUACUUCCCUGCAUAUAAGUCAAGAUCCCAGUACUAAGAUUUCAAACACAAUUUCAUCAUCAUCCUCAAAUUUUAUUAAUACUUCUCCUUCUUUAUUUACAAAUACACCAAGUUCUUCAUCAUUUAAUUCAUCACCAACAACAACAUCUAAAGUGUCGUCCAUCGUUUCAUCAUCUACCCCGACUGCUACCCCAACUACUACAGCUUUAAGCUCACAACAACAAACUUCAACUACACAAUCUCCUUCAACAACACAACAAGAACAAACAUCAAAUACUACUCCAACAUCUAAUAAUUCAAAUACCAGUACUACUACUACUGAUAAUAAUUCUACAACAAAUUCAAGUACAAGUCCUUCGCUAACUUCAUCUACUACAAGUACAAGUCAAUCUAACUCAAAUUCAAACUCAAAUACUUCUACUACACAAUCAAAUACAUCUACUUCUUCAGAAUCAGAAAUGUCUAAUACGACAACAUCAUUAGUUGAACCAACUGAUACACAAUUAUCUCAACCUUCUUCUUCAUCGGUAGGAACAACUACUCCAUCAACUAGUAUUUCUGAUACUAUAUCUCCAUCGUCAUCAUCAUUAGAAACAACUUCAGAAUCAUCAACUUCGGAAACUACAUCAGCAACUUCAGAUUCAUCAUCUGCUUCUCCCACAAGUUCUUCAUCAACUACAAGUGAAAAUUCAAGUUCUACUACAACACCUACUUCAAGUUCAGAUAGUUCCACUACAACUCCACCAUCAUCUUCAACUACUAUACUACCUAGCUCAUCAACUACUAUCUCAUCCAACUCAUCCACAACAACUCCAUCAUCUAGCUCUACCGACACAACAUCAAGUGAAGUCCCAAGUUCAAGUACUACUGAAACAUCAUCAUCAUCUUCAAUUGUUAUAGAAUCAUCAUCAGCAGAACCUUCAAGUACUUCAAAUACUUCAUCAUCAUCUAGUGAAUCUUCAACAAGCUCAAGUGAAUCAUCAUCUUCAACUUCAUCUUCAGAAAGUUCAGUUACUAGCUCAAGCACAAGUUCUAGUUCAAAUUCAAGUUCAUCUUCAUCAUCAUCAUCCUCAUCAUCCUCAUCCUCUUCAUCAACAGUAGCUGCUUCAACAACUUCAUCAAGAUCCUCGUCAUCCAGCUCAUCAAGAUCAUCAUCAUCAUCUCAACCAUCAUCAACUAGUGAAUCAUCAUCCUCUUCUCCAUCUUCAUCCACAACAGAAGCACCAGAAACUACAUCUACGGAUAAACAUAGUUCAACAUCAUCUUUCACAUCGUCUUAUACAUCAAUUAUAACAAAUCCAGAUACAACAAUAACAACUAUAGUUGCUAUACCAACAUCAACUGUUGUAUCAGCAGAUUUUGGAAAUUCAACAUCUGAAAGAAAUUCAAAAUUAAUUGGAGGAUUAGUUGGAUCAAUUGGUGGAAUCAUAGUUAUUGCAAUAUUGGCAGUAUUAUUUAUUUUCUUUAAAAAGAGGAAAAGAAAUAAUGUAACUAAUCAAUCACCAGAUUUUGUUGGUGGUGGUAAUGGAGCUGCAGGAUUAGGUGGACCUGGCGGUGCUGGUGGUAAUAAUGAUGAUGAUGAAGAAGAUACUAGUUUAGAUGAUAAAAACGAUCAAAUUUAUCAUGAUUCUCCAAAUGGUGAUAUGCAACAAUCUAAAAUGGGUUGGAUUAAAAAUAUGUUUAGAAGUAAUAGUAAUUCAUCACAUUCAAAAUUAUUAAGUGGUGGUGGUAAUGGUAAUGGUCCAACAAGUGGUGGUGGUAUUGGUUCCGGAAGAGGUAAUAAUUCCGGAGCAGGUGCAGGUGCAGCUGGAACUGUUGCAGGAUUAGGAGCAAUGAAUAAAUUAAGAUCAUUUAGAAAUAAUUCAAAUCAACAUGAUUUAGAAAAUCAAAAUGGUUUAACAUAUGGAACAUUUAGUGAUAAACACACAACUGAGGAUUCAAAUGAUGGAUUUGCUUAUAGAGGUGUUACAAAUUCAAAUAAUUUAGAUUCUAUUUUUAGAUCAUCAAAUACUAAUACAAAUACUAAUACUAAUUCAAAUGCAAGAAAUUCAAUUUUAUUUGGUGGUAAAGAUUCUACAAGAGGUUCUUCAAUUUUAACUAAUAGUGAUACAUUUGGUGGUACUAGUGGUACAAUGGUAAAUUCAAUGGAUGAUAAUAAUAAAUAUGGAAAUGGAAAUGGUAAUGGUGAUAAAUCUUAUCAAAAUCCAACUAGAAUGAAUAGUUAUGGUCAUCCAUUAGCAAGUCCAAAUGAUUUUAAUUUUCAAGAAGACCCAUAUGUUUCUCAAACUAAAGCACCAACAACAAUAGGAGCUGGAAUAAAUCCCCACAUAUAUAACGAUCUAGUAAAUUCAGAUCAAAGACCUCAUUCAAACCAAAGUUCAAAUUAUGAUGAUGAUUCAAUCCCAACAUAUCAUCAACAACAAAUUCAUCAUCAACAUAAUCAACAAGAUGAUUUAAGUUCAAGUUCAGAUGAAGAUGAUUUCCAUCCUUCUGAUUAUGAUGAUGAAUCAUUUAUUUUACCAAGUGAUCAAUUUAAUGGUGGUAAUCAUCAAUAUACAAGAUUAUCAACUACAGGUCAAGGUCAAGAUCAACCGCAUCAUCAACAACAACAAAACUACCCUAAUCAAACUACAAAUCCUUUAGAACGUCCUUCAAUUCAUAAUGUAUUUGGAUCAAGUGGUUAUGGUUCAAAUAAUUCAUUAUCUAGAUUUCAAGAAGAUAUAUCUUAG